AAUGACUAUAUACGUCAAUGGAUCCCAAAGACCAAAGCAUAUCUUGACAUACCCCUUGAAAGAGAAAAUCCAUCAGAUAGGUCAUGUAUCAUCUGUGGGACAGAUGGUGUCUAUAAAUGCCAUGGAUGCUUCGGUGAGCCUCUCUCUUGCACAAGUUGUUGCAGAACCCAGCACCAGAGGCUUCCCUUUCAUCGGGUUAGCCAAUGGACAGGCUCAUUCUUUGAGGAAAGUUGCUUGGUCAAGAGUGGGAUGGUGAUCUGGCUCGGACAUGGAGGAAAUGCAUGCCCAUGGGAUGAUGAUGUAGGGGAGUCAGCUCUGUUCACUACAGGGGAAGGAGAUUCCAAUGAUACGGAUGCCGAGAGCAUAUUGAAUGAACCAAAUGCCGAGCCGAGCACAAAGGAGGCCCAUGACCUACCGACCAGUGUGCCGUUCAUUAAGAACAACAAGGCCAUGACAACAAUAGUCGACAAGUCUGGAGUACAUACCCACAUCGUCAAGUAUUGCACAUGCCCAGAGGCCGACACCGCCGAUAUACAGUUGUUUAACAUGGGUUUGUUUCCGGCGUCAUUCAUAGAACCAAAGACAGCAUUUACCUUCGAUGUCUUGAAUGACUUCUUACUCGACAACCUGGAGUGCGGGACUUCGGCAAUGAAUUAUUACAGCAAGUUAAGGAGGAUGACCACGAGUGUCUUUCCUCACUUGGUGCCGGACUGUUACCGGGAGCUCAUGAGGGUGGCAAGACAAUGGCGGAAGUUGAAGCUCCUGAAGUGGAAUGGCUUCAGCCAUGAGGACAAGGAAGUGAGACCUGGCGAUCUAGCCCUCUUUUGUCCGGCAUGUCCUCAGCCAGGAACUCAUGUCACAUUGCCUGCCGGAGGCACCACCAAGGACAUCGAUGCUAACAAUGGAUCUGGACGAGAGACUCCGAGUUGGUUAUACACAAGAUCGCUUGUCACGGACGGAAACUUCAAAGCUGAGCAUCUUCAUGCCACAAAUCCCGCCGAUGAAGUGUCUCUCAUGGACGGUCGUGGCUUCAUGGUCGGCGAUGCCUUGUACAAGGAGCAUUUGGCCAUUGCCAAGGAUGCCAUGCAACGCUCGGAGUGCAACAACCACCACGCGGUAAAUUUGGCAAAUGCAUCUCGUCACAGAUUGGAGGCCACCGGCAUCGGCGGAUGUGCAUGUGCGAGGCAUGGUUGUUUUGUCCCGCAUGCCAUGGUAGAUUUUCAGAAGGGAGAAAGACAGAUGAAUAUGGAUUAUGCGCUGUGCGAGGCAUUGAAACUCAACGCCAAGGGCAUCCGCCGUGUAUUGACUUUCUAUGAUGUGAACUGUCAGUAUCAUAAGCACCUCCAGGACCGCAUCGCCGACAGUCCAUUGCUGAAGAUGCAUGAUGAGCUGGAAAUCACCCCCAGCAUCGGACUAUGGCAUGUCCAUGGCCAUCAAGACAGCUGCUAUGUCAGAUAUGCUUCCAAUUUCAUACAAGGCACAGCCAGGAUCGACAGCGAGAUCAUGGAGACAUUAUGGGUGCCGUUAAAUAUAAUCUCACCGGCGGCCCGUGGCAUGGGAACUCCUCACCGAAAAGAAUGCCUGGAUUACCAAAUGAAUGAUUGCAACUUCACGAAAAUGAUCAGAAUGAGCAAAUCGCUUUGCCGAAAAUACAAGGAAGCUAUGAAAGGGGUCGCCGACAGCAACAUGGCAUUUGAGCGGCUUGAUGAGACCGCCGAUGCCGAUAAAGUCAAAGAUUGGGAGGCCCAAGAGAGGUUGGCACAUGAACAGCGGCGCCAUGAUCCAACAGCAAUGGACAUUUAUGAAGUUCAACUGCGCAAAGCGCCGACAAGAAAACAGCAAGAGUUAAGGUUGUUAACGGCGCAAGGCCGGCGGCCUGGCGAGGCACGCCGGAGAGGUGCGGCAAUGUGGCUGGCAGAGGGCCUUGCUAUCAAGGAAGCCCAGGUCAUGCUGCAGAUUGAUGUGAGAAAGCUCGGACAUCGGGCAACAGAUACUCAGUGA